GGGCGGCAUGGCACCCCACUUUUUGCAGAAGCUCCAUCCAUCGCAGAACGACUGCUGCUGCUUGCUGCUGCAACUGGGGGAGCACCACCACCACCACGAUCCACGGUCCACGACGUAGUUCUAGUGCGUCAGGUAUCCCCGGAAACGACAUCCACGAUAACCGCCGGACCUUUCGAUCCCUCACCACCACAUCAACCUCCCGUCGACCGAGUUCGAUUUAUACAAAACAGAUAUUCACAAUGGCGGCAAGAGGAUUGGACAUGAUCACCAAGUUCGCCAUCCCGGCAACUGUUGGUGUGGCUCUUCUCCAGAACUCCAUCUACGACGUCAAGGGUGGUUCGCGGGCGGUUAUCUUCGACAGAAUUGCCGGUGUGAAGGAGACGGUCGUCAACGAGGGCACACACUUUUUGAUCCCAUGGCUGCAGAAGGCCAUUGUCUUCGAUGUUCGCACCAAGCCUCGCAUCAUCCCUACCACCACCGGCUCCAAGGAUUUGCAGAUGGUCAGCUUGACGCUCAGAGUGCUGCACCGUCCUGAGGUGCAGGCUCUGCCCAAGAUUUACCAGAACCUUGGCCAAGACUACGACGAGCGUGUCCUCCCCUCCAUCGGCAACGAAGUCCUCAAGUCCAUCGUCGCCCAGUUCGACGCCGCCGAGCUCAUCACCCAGCGCGAGGCCGUCUCGCAGCGCAUCCGCGCCGACCUCGUCAAGCGCGCCGCCGAGUUCAACAUUGCGCUCGAGGACGUUUCCAUCACCCACAUGACCUUCGGCAAGGAGUUCACCAAGGCCGUCGAGCAGAAGCAGAUUGCGCAGCAGGAUGCCGAGCGUGCGCGCUUCAUUGUCGAGCGCGCCGAGCAGGAGCGCCAGGCCAACGUCAUCCGCGCCGAGGGUGAGGCCGAGAGUGCAGAGACCAUCAGCAAGGCUAUCAACAAGGCUGGUGAUGGUUUGAUCCAGAUCAGAAAGAUUGAGGCGUCCAGGGAGAUUGCCCAGGUGUUGGCUUCCAACCCCAACGUGGCGUACCUGCCCGGAGGUAACAAGGGGACAAACCUGUUGAUGAACGUUGGCAGGCCAUAAAUGGGAGGAAUCAGUAAGAGAAAGGGAUGAAGAUGGUUCUGCAGAAAGGGGACCGGGAUACCUAGGCUACGGGGGUAAAGGAAGGUAAUGACCAAAAUGGAACUGUAUUAUUACGAUAUGAGCAUUGUGUAUCUUCUCCGCUUAGGCACUUGUUACAAUAGGAGCAUGCUUGAACUUG